AUGGAUGGCAGAUGUCGUGUCGUACUUUCCUUAGAUUUUGCGGGCGGCAAUCGCCAUUUGACCAUUUGCGGUAUAGCGCCUUCCUGGCUCGAGCUUGCAAAAAAUGUCGAGACUUGUAAGAAGGCAGAACUUCAACGCCACAACAAAACUUACGACUGUUUUAUGAAAGCGUCGGAAUUAUGGGAAGACGCCCCGAAUCUAUACUACAGCACAUUUACCGCGAUAACAGACGGUAACAGCGCCAAUUUGGCUUUGAGAAUGGCCAAUAUCAACGCGCUUGCCACAGAAGCUCUGAAGCCUGGAUCCGCCGACGAGCUUUUCGUGCAGUAUGAAGGUUUAUAUACAGAGGUGUGCGCGAAAUGGAUUCAGACUGCCGUUCAAACUGAGGAGAAAAUCGCCGCUUUUGGUCGAAUCCUUCCUCUCGCGCCUCACCUCGCAGAGCAUGUAGAACGCUUCCUAGCACAUGUUGCACAAUCACCACUUUUUGGAUCACAAAACCCCAAUACUACCACAAAUGGAUCUACCGGAAGCUCAAACCAUGUCGAAGUUCUACUUGCGGCCUUUCGCCUACUCAGCUAUGACUGUAGAGCAUAUGCGCAAUUUGUACGCCCCGUCGCUGUCCAGCAAUUGUUCCAGCACUCGAAUCGGGUCGUGCGAUACCUGGCGGUUCGAUUGUUCUGCCUAUAUGUCCAUGCCGCAGACCACGCUGCACAAGAGAUGGUCAAGAGGCACAUUGGAGAAGGGGAGCUCGAAGGUCCCUGGGAAAGCCAGCAAAUCGACUACCGAUUUCUGUCGUUGUGGGAAGAGAAGAGGUGGAAAAGUGUAAAAAAAGACCUGCUGCAGAAGAAGAUGGAAGGAAUACCUCUGCCUUCGAGCUUGUACGCGGCGCUCUCACCUUACACAGUAAACAUCAACGGCAUACUGCUGCCCAGACUCGAUGGCGCGGCCUCCCAGGAACAACCGUCUCAGCUCAUCUCAACACCCACAACGGAAGCGAACUUGAGCAAAAUUGCCAAUGGCCUACUAGAAUCGAGUCCGCUUCUGCUCACUGGCCUUGCAGGUUCAGGAAAGACCCUUCUCACACGCCAUUUCGCCUGGCAGCUUAACAAGCUGGACAAGAUGGUCACUCUUCAUUUGAACGAGCAGAGCGAUGCAAAGCUACUCGUCGGCAUGUACGCUACCGGAUCCAAGCCAGGAACCUUCGCCUGGAAAUCUGGUGUACUCACAACAGCUGUUCGCGAAGGGCGGUGGAUCUUUAUUGAAGACUUGGAUCGGGCGCCGAACGAAGUCAUCAGCACACUAUUGCCGCUCAUUGAACGCGGAGAGCUCCUGAUUCCCAGCCGCGGGGAGACUGUAUAUGCCGCGAGAGGAUUUCGAAUUAUCGCCACAAUGCGAAGCACCCUCAACCCGAGAGGCCAAGAGAUUUUCCCACGUCAGAACAUGAUUGGACAUCGGUUCUGGAACUCGAUCACAGUGCAAAUGCCACAGCUCGAAGAGUUCCAACAGGUUAUAUCUACAAAAUACCCCGCGUUACGCAAGCACCUUGCUGGUAUUAUGAGAGUGUACACCCGAUUGUUGGAGCUCUAUUCUGAUGCGAAAUUCUCGUCCGAGAACGGCACUUCCCUUCGAGCAAUGACUCCACGUGAUUUGCUGAAGUGGUGUGACAGAAUAGCUGUGCUUCUGGCUCAGUCAACCUCUUUCAGUACUGCCCAGGCAGACGAUAUCUACAUGGAAGCCUUCGACUGUUUUGCCGGCAGCCUGCGUAGCGAUUUGGCGCGGUCGAGAGUCAUGGCUUGCGUCGCGGAAGAGCUUCAUAUUGACCCACAGAGGCGAGAUCAUCUUCUCCGGGAUCGCUCGGUGAGGUUGUCGGUGCCCUCCAAGACCACAGCAGCUGGGACCAUACAAGUAGGACGAGCCAGGCUUUCAAAACACAAAUCUUCGAAAAGAACGAUAUCCAGUCGACCAUUCUCUACUAACGACUACACCCUACGAUUACUCGAGAAGGUUGCUGUAGCCGUUGAUCGACAAGAACCUUUACUUCUCGUUGGUGAAACAGGUACCGGCAAGACCACUACCAUACAGUAUCUGGCUGAGCAGCUUGGUCGCAAACUCGUAGCUUUCAAUUUGUCACAGCAAAGCGAGAGCGGUGACCUCUUGGGAGGUUUCAAGCCCGUGAACGUGCGAAGCCUGGUCAUCCCGCUCAAGGACGAGUUCGAUGAUAUCUUCGACACUACCUUUUCAAGGAAGAAGAAUCUACGCUUCAUCGAGAUGCUCGGGAAGCGUGUUGCAAAGGGCGAGUGGAAGCGCGUCUGCACUUUAUGGCGAGAAGCACUGAAGAUGGUGGAUGCAGCACGCAAAGCACACGAAUCGCAACCAUCUUCUCCAGACCUGGAUGGUGAUCAGCCCAGGAAGAAGCGAAAGAUGGAUUCGUUACCGGCCAAUUUCCCAGGGGCACGUUGGGAAAAGUUUGCUUCGGACCUGCACGACCUCGAAGCCCAGCUUGCAAGCGGCUCCGAAGCUUUUGCGUUCUCUUUCUUGGAAGGUAACAUCGUCAAGGCGGUCAGGAACGGCGACUGGGUAUUGCUUGACGAGAUCAACUUGGCUUCGUCGGAUACUUUGGAAGCGCUCACCGAUCUACUGGGUGGAGGACCAGACGGCAACCCCUCGAUCCUGCUCACAGAGACGGGUAACGUGGAGCGAGUGGUUGCACACCCCAACUUCAGGGUUUUUGCAGCCAUGAACCCUGCUACCGACGUGGGAAAGAAGGAUUUGCCGCCUGGUAUUCGCUCAAGGUUCACCGAGCUCUACGUCGAGAGCCCAGAUAGCGACGAGAAGAGCUUGCGCAACAUUGUGGAGAAGUAUCUUGGGGGGGAUGGCACAGAUCCCGCCAUUGUCAGAACAGCGCGCGAUGUCACCAGCCUCUAUAUCGAGAUUCAGCAGCUUGCGAAGGCAAACAUGCUGGUCGAUGGUGCCGAUCAAAAAGCUCAUUUCAGUUUGCGAACUCUGACGAGAACACUCACAUAUGCACGAGAGAUUGCACCCUUGUGUAGUCUUCGACGAGCACUAUAUGAGGGUUUCCACAUGAGUUUCUUGACUUUCUUGGGCAAAGCAUCUGAGGAUCUUGUUGCGCCUCUGAUCACAAAGCACAUGUUCCCGCAGAAGGCAUCACUAAAAGCUGAACUCAACAAGCCACUCCAGCAACCGAAUGAUGGGCGUGCAUACGUCAGGCAAGGACACUACCUCUUGCGACAAGGACCUCAGCCCGUGCAGGAGCAGACACACUACAUUAUCACGAAUUUUGUUCAGCGCAAUAUGAACAAUCUUAUUCGCGCAGCGUCGACACGGCGCUACCCCGUCCUGAUCCAGGGUCCAACCUCAUCCGGCAAGACGAGCAUGAUCGAGUAUCUCGCAAAACGUUCUGGAAACACCUUCGUCCGAAUCAAUAACCACGAGCACACUGAUUUGCAGGAGUACCUUGGUUCAUACGUAUCAGGAGCAGAUGGAAAGCUCACUUUCCAGGAGGGUAUCCUCGUCCGAGCACUGCGAGAAGGCCACUGGAUCGUGCUGGAUGAGUUGAAUUUGGCUCCUACCGACGUACUGGAAGCACUUAACCGACUCCUUGACGACAAUCGCGAGCUUCUCAUCCCCGAGACCCAGGAAGUUGUUCGACCGCACGAUGACUUCAUGUUAUUCGCUACACAAAACCCUGCAGGUCUCUACGGAGGACGAAAAGUCUUGUCUCGAGCGUUCCGCAAUCGUUUCCUAGAGCUCCAUUUCGACGACAUCCCAGUCGAAGAGUUGACAGAGAUCUUGCAUCGACGCACCAUGAUCCCAGAAACCUGGUGUAAGCGUAUUGUCAAAGUUUACCAAGAGCUGUCUACAUUACGACAAGAAAACCGCAUUUUCGAGCAGAAGAGCUUCGCGACGCUUAGAGAUUUGUUUAGAUGGGCACAACGGAAGGCCGACACCAUACAGGAUCUUGCAAACAACGGUUACAUGCUUCUUGCGGAGCGUGUACGCAAAGAGGAGGAACGCGUCGCGGUCAAGAAAAUCAUGGAGAGUGUCAUGAGUAAAUCUGGACCGAAGGUGACGAUUGACGAUGAGCAGAUGUUCAGCCAGAACAACGUCCAACAGAUUAUCGACAGCGCUCCCGACAAAUCUAAAAAGAUCGAUCCCGGCGUUGUCUGGACGCGCGCGAUGAGGAGACUCUUUGUGCUUGUCCACCAUGCUCUUCAAAACAAUGAGCCAGUACUGCUCAUUGGCGAAACAGGAUGCGGAAAGACGACCGUUUGUCAGAUGUUGGCAGAUGCAUUCGGGAAAGAGCUACACAUCCUGAAUGCACAUCAGAACACAGAGACUGGCGAUUUGAUUGGUGCACAACGACCUAUCCGCAAUAGGGCGGCGAUCGAAGAGUCACUGAGACGGGACGUUCUCGACGCAUUUGAAGGUGUAGCUACGGAAGUCAACCCUCACACCCUGGAUCAGGAGGGCCUUCUUCAUCUUUACGACCAGCUUGACAAAGAACCCACUGUCGUUGUACGGGAAGACCUUCGUGUGUCUAUCAAGAUCAAUCGCAUCAGAGCUGCCGCGCUUUUUGAGUGGGCAGACGGAAGCCUCGUCAACGCCAUGCGAACAGGCCAAUAUUUCCUGUUGGACGAAAUCUCGCUUGCCGACGACUCUGUGUUGGAACGUCUGAAUAGCGUUUUGGAGCCGUCGCGCACACUUUUGCUGGCCGAAAAGGGCCCUGUGGAUUCACUGGUAGUCGGUAGUGAAGGCUUCCAAUUCCUUGCAACAAUGAAUCCCGGCGGUGAUUAUGGCAAGAAAGAGUUAUCGCCUGCCCUUCGCAACCGCUUUACGGAGAUUUGGGUACCAGCUUUAUCAGACCUUGAGGAUAUCCUACAGAUCGUUCGAUCGAAACUCAGUCCGAGCAUCGUGCAAUACGCGGAAGCUAUUGUCUUGUUCUCGCAGUGGUUCAAUGACAAGUAUAACACGUCCGUCGCGUCUUCGAUCUCCAUUCGAGACACGCUUGCCUGGGUGACUUUCAUCAACAGUACAACUCACAAUGACCCGGUCUUUGGCAUUGUACACGGCGCCGCCAUGGUCUUCAUCGACACGCUCGGUGCUAACCCAGCAGGUUUACUUGCAAUUUCCGCUGCUUCAAUCGAUGAUGAGAGAAUAGCCUGCCUUCAGCAACUCAGCAAGCUCCUCGAACAGGACAUCUCACCCCUCUACUUUGGGAGAAUUGAUAUUGUGAGCACGGCGCAGUCGUUCCAGCUAGGCACAUUUUCUAUACCCAAAAUCUCGUCCGCCGCUGCUGAGGCGAACAACUUCGCACUUGAAGCACCAACUACACGCGCCAAUGCCAUGCGAGUAGUCCGUGCACUACAGCUGGCGAAGCCGAUUCUUCUGGAGGGUAACCCUGGUGUAGGCAAGACGACUCUUGUCACUGCCCUUGCCAAAGCCAUCGGAAAGCCUCUGACUAGACUCAAUCUUUCAGAGCAGACGGAUCUUAUGGAUCUUUUUGGUUCCGACGUUCCAGUCGAAGGUGGUGCCGCAGGUACUUUCGCUUGGCGUGAUGCUCCAUUCCUCAAGGCUAUGAAGAACGGUGACUGGGUAUUGCUUGACGAGAUGAACCUGGCGUCGCAAUCUGUCUUGGAAGGUCUCAAUGCCGUUUUGGACCAUCGAGGUGAGGUCUACAUCUCUGAGCUUGAUCAGACAUUCCACAAGCACAACGACUUCCGUGUUUUCGCUGCACAAAAUCCUCAUCACCAGGGUGGAGGGCGGAAGGGUUUACCAGCGUCUUUCGUCAACCGCUUCACAGUCGUGUAUGCAGACGUCUUCCGUCCUGAGGAUCUCAGACUGAUUUGCAAGAAGGUGUAUCCUUGCAUUGAAGACGAAGAGGUCAACAAACUCAUAAACUUUGUUGCGCAGCUUGAUGAACAGGUUGUCACACACCGGGCAUUUGGCAACCUUGGAGCACCCUGGGAGUUCAACUUACGUGACACCCUGCGCUGGCUUCAGCUCUUGGCAUCCUCGGAGUACCCAGGAUCAGCAAGAGACUUCCUCGAUGCCAUCUUUGUACAGCGCUUCCGUGCGGAGAGCGAUCGUACCCGGCUGCUCAAGCUUUUCGAGAGUCUUUGCGGCGUCCACGAAACGCGAAUGAGUCUCUACCACAACAUUAGCACCAAGGCUAUUCAAGUCGGAUUGGGGUUGUUACCACGUGACACUGCGGUCGCGCGCCCAGAGACCACUUCUACCUUCAAAACCCCGCAACUAGGUGCUAUGGAAGCCUUACUAAUUAGUAUCAAGCAGAAUUGGCCUGUCAUCUUGGUCGGCCCGCCGGGGUCUGGUAAGUCUGCAAUGAUCGGCCAGCUUGCCUCUUUUGUGGGUGCGGAACUUGUCACAUUUUCCAUGAACGCUGAUGUCGAUGCUAUGGACCUUGUCGGUGGCUACGAGCAAAUCGACCCGUCGCGUCAAGUGCAUCAAUGUCUAGAGCAGCUGGAGGGUUUGGUUCGCCGUAAGAUUGCAGUAUCUGAGCAAGCGCCUCAAUAUCUCAUCAGGCUUCUCGAACAACUUCAUGUCUCGGGAGCCCAGUUCAGUAACAGCUUCUCCUCAAUACUUCAAGAGGUCGCGCAGCAGGAUACAGAGGCAGCCGCUCUAGUCCAUGACUUGCGUGCCCUUCUCCAGUCUUCCAGCCAGCAAAUCGACGGCGCACGCUUCCAAUGGGUAGACGGUAUUCUCAUCCGCGCUCUUGAGCAGGGCAAGUGGCUUGUACUCGACAACGCCAACCUUUGUUCGAGCGCCGUCCUUGAUCGAUUGAACUCGCUUCUUGAGCCUAAUGGCUAUCUAUCCAUCAACGAGCACUCUACAGCUGAUGGCGAGGCUCGCAUUGUACGACCUCACCCAGGCUUCAGGAUCUUCAUGACUAUGGACCCGAGAUUUGGAGAGCUGUCGCGAGCUAUGCGAAACAGAGCUGUUGAGAUCUGCUUGCUUGACUCAGCGACUCCUUCACAGCUUGACUGUUCGGGCGUCUUAGAGUAUCCACUUGAAGCGGCAAUGUACCGAUACCGUCAAUUCCAGACUCGGGAGGAUUUGGACCAGACGCUGGAGUCUCGAUUUGAGAACCUUUCAUUCGGUGACAAUAAUCUGAUGGACAGCUUUGUGAAGCAAGCUCGACAAGGCCUUGUGACCCAGGGCGCAUCAAAGCAGACCAACAGCGACCCUCCUUCGGCUACGAAGCAACUCAUAGCGACGAAUCAAGUGCCUUACACACUCCAAGAGAACUUCUCUCGUUUGACCCAGUUCAUAAGCAAGACAUGGGCUGUUCAGAUGCACCCUCAAUUCAGCUCUGAUGGCAUGGUCGAGCUUCUACCAUACCAUCCUCUCAAUAACGAGCUAAGUCUCAACCGAUCGUCGUCGUUCAAAGCAAGCUCGCUAUGGUACUCCCAGCUAUACGAGCUCACGCUCGAUCUCUUCGAUAUGCAGCAAGCAAUACAUACCUUACCUUCGGCCAAGUUCGAACGUCGCAAAGAAAGACAGAAGCUACCUACGUUCCUAUAUGCGUAUUGGCAGGCUUUGGUGAAGCUGGUAGAAGACGUCUGGACGGCAAACAACGAGGGUCAAGAGUUCGAUCUGUCGUUCCUCAAACCGCUGAGAACAAUGUUCUGGGCUUUCUUCGCACUUGCCAAGAGUUCCACAUUCGAUCGCGCAACAUUCCAGACCUAUCUGAAGAUGCUGAGCUCCAGCACGCUGACGGCAUCUGAUGAGUCUCACACUUUGGUGCAGACUCUGGCGACUGUACUGUCGAAGCAGGUUGCCACAUUUGGUGCCGAAGUUCAGCUCACGACCGGCCUCAACAUGGAGCCACUAUGGCUUCACUUAAAACCAAAUACGCCCAAGUCCAUUGCAGAAUUGGAGGCGAUACUCAAGCUCGAGGCUCUGGCUGAUAGACUGGACGCGGUUAUGUGGAAGUCCAAUCUCAAGGCUGAUGAGAUGAUCCAGAUUCGGGAGCGAUUUGCAAGUUCCCUACAGCUUGUUCGUAGGGAGGAUGUCAAUCCGAAUGAACUCGUCACGAUUCUGGAUAAUGCUGUGCGGGAGUUGGAGGAAGGCAUUGGCGAGGAUGACGCUACCAUCACACCCUACUUCGAGGAAGAAUUCGAGGGGCUCUGCCAGUUCCUCGACGUUGCCGGCAGUACGAAUGUCUACGCACUUCCAUCGUCCGCUUUAGUGUCUGCUAGAGCCAAGGUAGCUCUGUUCGCUCGCCGACCGACAAAGACCGCUACUAUUGAUGUUGGAAAGGCUGACAGAUCUACUGACAACUUUGCCAAAGUGUACCGACAUGUUGGCCUCGUCAAAGAGCGAGCAGAUCCCAUGGCUCUUCAGUCUCGCUUCCACAUUGCGAUGCUGUCUAAGCUGCGUGGCGCCGACGAGGUCCAGCUCACACAGCUCGCCCAGUUCGAAACAGAGCUCCAGGUCUUGUCUCAGCAGAUUGCGCUAGACGCAGAGAAGAUUACUAAAGAUCAGGAAAAAGCUCUUGAAACGCUUUACCUAAACCUCUGGCACCCCAUCAACAAUAGCAUCCCAGGUGUUCUAAACGCCAGUAUCAAAGCCCCUUUCAAAGCAAAUGGGGAAGAAUGGAUCCAACUUGCCCUCGUAGGCCUUCGUUCCUACGUCCCAAACUACCCUCACGACCCUGCUCUGCGACCUAUGAUUGAGCGUAAGAUAUUCAACGAAGAGAAGAUGAACUUGCUUUCCGCUCUCAGAGCGCUAAAGCAGUUUCAGAUCGAUUUCACUGGCCAAGAUACGAGUCUUCGUAUUCGACAAGUCGAGGCUGCAAUUGAGGGCAUGGGCGAAGAACCACCAGUGCCAGCUAUUGCUCGCCCGGAAGUAUCGCAGCUAGAUGAGCUGCAGGGCGAGUUCACGAAUCUGCUCAGCAUUAUUCAGCCUCUGCUCAAUAAGACAAUGUCCGGCAAGGAGGCAGCGCUCGAUAUUACGUUACAUCAGAAUGUGGUCAGGGUCAUUCAGAGACUGACUGAGGGGUACCGGGCCUACGACGACAUCACCGACACCGUGGUCGGCUUCCUUGCAUGUCUUUACAUCGGACUACUCCUCGCCAAGAAGGAGCACGAAAGCCAGGAACAGUCAAGAGUUGGAAGGAGCUUGCAGUUUGUCUCUCGUGAGACACCAUUCUUCGGACUCCAUGACCACGUGUCUUCGAUCACAGCAGCCAACUUCCUUCAGGGUGCGGAGAACGCUCUGUCCCAAAGUAAUAACACGAUUGACCCUCGCUGGCACGCUCUCUAUACACUGGCAAUUGUCAAGAGUACUGACCCUAUUUACUUGUCUGGCCCGGCAGCACGAAACUUGUUGCACGGCAUCUUUACCUCCUUUUUUACAGAAUAUAAGACGAAACUUCUUCAAGACCAGGAGAAGGAAGCACAAGACAAGAGCUUGUACUCUUACCGCGGCAUGGAAGAAGAAGAGAACGAAGAGGAGGACCGGACGCUGUUUCCCGACUACGAAGCCGAGCAGGAAGAAGGUCAGGCCGCGGCGCCUCCCACGCAAUCCACAGCGCAAGUCACUACACGUGACCAUGCGAUACGUCUCGCCAACAUGCACUUUGAGUUGUUCCUUAAGGGUCGCGAGACAUCCGACUCUGUGAAAACUUUGCUCGAAUGGUGCGCAUCAGAGAUCAAUCGUGUCUCCGAAGGCAAGAGCCAUGGCACCACACACGAGAACGCUUUACCUGCGUUGUACCUUGCUCUUGAGAAGAAGGUAGACGCACUCAAUGGCUCUGGCACUGGGCCGAGCUACAACUUCUACUUUGAUGCAAACCUGCCAGAGGCUAAGCGUCUGAUCACAUUCGUUCACCGCAUUCAGGUGCGUUAUCGACAAAUUCGGGAUGUCUGGCCAGAGCAUAUGACACUCGCAGAUGUUCUGCGUACCUGCGAUGAAGCGCUGGCAUUCCGCCACGUCGAUCCCGUUGCCAAGUUCAUCACCAAGGCAGAGAAACUGCACGCCUACAUGUAUGAGUGGCAGAGAGUCGCUAGCAAGCAGUACAGUACCGCUGAUCUGUUCGAUGAUCUGACGAAGCUGCUCGUCAGUUGGAGACAGCUUGAACUUACUACCUGGGCUAGACUGUUCGACUUGGAAGUCGAAAAGUGCCGUGACAGCGCCAAGAGCUGGUUCUUUGUUGCUUAUGAGACUGUCAUUGCAGCAUCAGAGAGUGUCGAGGACGAUCGGGCUAUGAAAGCGCACGCCAAGGCACUGCUGAAGACUCUCGAAAGCUUUUUCGAGACCACGACGCUAGGCCAGUUUGAACAGCGCAUUAAGCUACUUCAGCAGCUUCGUCAACAUGCCGCGAUGCGCAUGCAGGACGUCGGCCACUUCGAGAUUCUUCAUUCUGCGCUUGAGAAUUUCAUCGCAUAUUUCUCACGCCUUGAGAAGCCGGUCCACGAAGCACUUACUAAGGGACGACAGACCCUGGAGAAGGAAGUCAACAAUGUUAUCAAGCUUGCAAGCUGGAAAGAUACGAACAUCGAAGCCCUGAAGCAAAGUGCGAAGACAAGUCAUCGUAAGCUCAGCAAGCUUGUAAGGAAGUUCAGAGCGGUGCUCAACAAGCCUGCGUCUAGCGUGAUGAGCGCUGGAUUCGCAGAUGACGGUUCGCUACAGAGAGAUGCCGCUUUGACACUUGUCAGCGCAGCAGUCAACCCCGAAGCACUACAACGCUGCGACAAUAGUGUACCGGAUUGGAGUGAGCGUCCAACGCGAUUCAAGAACUUGGGCGUUACUGUCAACAUGAUGCGUAACUUGUCCCUCCCAAGCGAAGACAGCAUUGACGGAGCGGCAUAUAUCGAAGAGCUCAUCACUAGCAUCACGAUGUCAAUCGUGGAACUGCAGAAAGCUACCCCCUCCACUCUCACUGAAGACAACAAGGCAAAAGUCCAGCAGCUAAAGACCCAAAAGCGCAAACUCUACGCCGAUACAAUGAAGGAGCUGCGACAAAUGGGUGUCAAGUCAAAUCUGAGUGUGGAUACCCUUGUUAAACAGGAUGAGCUUUCCACAGUUCUGUCGACUCUACCCCUGGUACAAAAUGUUGGUGUCGCGUGUGGUCGUGUCGCUGAGGGCCGUCUGCACCAAGCGCUCAACAUCAUGCCACAAGUCCGAGCAGUGACGAGAGAACACUCCGGUGAUUUGACAAGCAACGACGUCACCAAGAGUAUCGGAUACAUCGAGGGCCUGCUGCACAUUUCAAUCAAGCAGAGGGGAGUCCUAAGCCGCGCAAGUCAAGCUCUCGAAGCUAGCAAAGCACCACUAGCAGUCGUCGCAAACCUUUGGCAGCCCGAUGAUUGCCAGCUUGUCGUCGCUGCGUCACAGCAAGACGAAGCCACUCGCUCUUUGCAGCCAAGCCUAAGGUGGCUUGUUGCUGCGCUUAAGACUGGCGCAGAUGUUGUUGUUGCUCAGGCAAAGCUUGGGAAGACUAAUGAGCUUGACGCUCUGCUGAGAGUUAUGCAAGAAUGGACUGUUAAGUUGCAGGAUCUAUCUCACGCAUACGACGGGUUGCCUGCUCUGCCAACCAAUAUCCGAUCGAACGCGUAUCAGGAAUUUGAUGAGUCUGUCAAGGCAGCAAUCGCUAACCUUCAGAUUGCGUUCACGGGAUGGAAUGACAACAACGAGAUGGCACGAACGGUUCUUAAGCAUAUCGUACCUUUCAUCUUCCAAUGCCCUGAGGUCACUUCGCAACUCCCUACGGAUGAGCUGCAAAUCGCGGUCGAACAACAUUCCAAGGACAUCUUCGGCGCCCUGGACUUGAUUCUAGGGUCUAUGCAGGACGUCGAAGCUGCUCUCAAGGAGCUUCCAGUCACAGUCGAAGACGCUGUAUGGCUAGUUAAAGAAGAACAGGUUCUGUCCGCUGCAAUCAGCGGUCUCCAUUCGACCCAGAUUCACGCCGCUCUGAAGACCAUAAUGGAUAAGAUGCACUACCUUCACAGCGAUACUAGCCUCCAAGGCAUCGCCGCCAUGUUCGCUGCAUUCCAACCUAUUCUCAACCAGUACAUUGCCUCGCAUCAAUACCUCGUCGACCGCUUCGACGCCCUGCAUGCAUCGACCACGAAGCUGUUGUACCGUCUCUGCAAGUCGUUUAUCCAGGUCGGUACGCAAGGAUUCUGUCAGCCUCCCGAAAAGUCAUCAGACCAACAGAAGGGCAAGGAUGAUAAACUCGAAGAAGGUACCGGUCUUGGCGAAGGAGAAGGUGCUGAAGACAUCUCCAAAGACAUCGAAGACGACGAAGACCUCGAAGAUCUGGCGCAAGAGAAGGGCGAGCGUGAGGGUAGCAUAGAAGAACAGGAAGAUGCUGUUGAUAUGGGUGAGAAUGACAUGGAAGGCGAGACCGAGGAGGUUGGCGAGAAAGAAGACAAGGGUGAUGAGGAGGGCGAGGAAGGCGAAGACGAUGUGCAGAGUGAAGUUGGCAGUGUUGAUGAUCUUGGGCCGAGUGCUGUCGAUGAAAAGAUGUGGGACGAUGGUGGCAAAGACGACGAUGCGAAGGACAAGGAAGGGAAGGAAGAUGUCGGAACUGAAGACCAGGAGGAGCAGGUCGCUAACGAGCAGAAAGAGAAGGAGAAAGAACAGGUUGGUGAAGAGGGCAAAGAAGAAGAGAAAAAGGAAGGACAGGAAGGCGAGGAAGACGAAGAGAUGGAGGGGGAAGACCAAGAGGAGAACGUUGGUGCGGGUGAGACCGAGCAGAUGGAUCCGCAUGCGAAGGAAGAAGAGACUCUGGAUUUGCCUGAAGACCUCAACAUUGACGGCCAGGACGACGAUGGCAAAGAAGACGAUGAUCUUGGCGAUAUGGAUAUGGGUGAUGAUCUCAAUGAAGACGAGAUGGAUCCCGAGACCGAGGCAGGUGCCGAGCCGGACACUGUUGAUGAAGAGAUCGGACCCGAGGAGGAAGGUGAGGAAGACAAGGACACCACGGGUCAUGUUGAGGAUGAAGAGCAACCAGCAGAAGAUGAAGAGCAGGAAGGUGAUGAGCCCAUGGACGACGAUGCUGUUCCGCUUCCGGAUGAGAACAUGCCUGACGACGAACCUCGCGAGCAAAAGGAUACUGAUCAGACAGACCCUAAUGCGGAAGCUGGAGCUGGCACUGAAGCCAACGAGGAAGCACAUCAGAACAAGAACGAGCAAGCUUCCGCUAGCGCUGCCAACCGCGACGAAGGUGAAGAAGGCGAUGGGACCGAGCAACAGCAAGAGACGGCCGCUGAAGACGGCACACUAGGCCAAACGACCAAACCUGACGCCGGUGGUCGUGGUGAAGAGCCUGAGGAGUCACGGAAAACAGAAUCUUUCAAAAAGCUGGGCGACGUGCUAGAGAAGUGGUACAAUCAGCAGAAGCAGAUUUCCGAAGCGCGAGAGAAGGAUGAAACGCAGAUUCAGCAGAUUGACAAGGAGAUCGACAUGGCUGAUGCAGACUUUGAGCACCUCCAGGACGAAGAUACCCAGGCCGAUACGCAAGCACUGGGCACCGCGACUGAGGAGCAAGCUAAGGCUCUGGAUCACGACAUGGCUAUGCCUAUGAACGAGAAGGACGAAGAAGAGAAGAUGCCUGCUCGACCCGAGGACAACGAUCAAGAUAUGGCAGACCCACAGGACAUCGAGAUGGAAGACCCAGAAAGCAAGUCAGAGCUCGAAGAAGAGCAACAACCUCAGCCUGGCGCUACAGACGGUCAGCCUCAAGCUUUCAUUGGCGACCAAAAACCCUUCUCCCACCAAGACGACGAGGACAUGGCUGACGCAGUCCCUCUCGAUGAGGACAUCUCCGAUUCUGAAUCAGUCAACGAAGUGGACCAUCAGCUCGAGACGACACAUCUCGACGCAACUCCCAUGGAUUCCACCACCGCGCGCUCGCUCUGGCUUGCUCACGAAUCGGCAACUCACUCCCUCUCCCAACAACUCACUGAGUCUCUCCGUUUGAUCCUCGCCCCAACCCUUGCAACUAAACUUCGUGGCGACUUCCGCACAGGAAAGCGCCUAAACCUCAAGCGCAUCAUUCCCUACAUUGCAUCCGGAUACAAACGUGACAAGAUCUGGCUCCGUCGCUCUCAGCCAAGCAAGAGGAGCUACCAGGUCAUGAUCGCACUGGAUGAUAGUAGGAGUAUGGCGGAUAGUGGCGCUUCCAACCUCGCGCUUAAGACUCUGACACUGGUCACAAGAUCGCUGGCCAUGUUGGAAGUGGGCGAAGUCUCUGUGGUUGGAUUUGGAGACUCUGUUAAUGUUGCGCAUGAUUUCGACAAGCCUUUCACAUCUGAAGCCGGUGUGCGCGUAUUCGAGCAAUUUGGCUUCGAUGCCGCGAAAACCAACGUCCGCGGCCUUGUCGAAAGAUCACUGGACCUUUUUGCUGAGGCUAGAAGACAAGGAAGUUCAAGCGCGGGCGAGGAUCUGUGGCAGUUGAUGCUCGUUGUCAGCGACGGUAUCUGCGACUCGCACGCCGAGAUCCAGAGACUGGUGCGCAAAGCACAAGAAGAACGCGUCAUGAUUGUCUUCAUCAUCAUUGAUGCGACUGCCACUGCACCAUUCGCUGCCCCGGUACCAAAGCCCACCGAGAAUCCCGCGGCUCAGCCUGACGCAGGCGCCGUCACGACGAAGAAGGAACAGGAUAAGACGAGCAUUCUCGAUUUGCAGUCUGUGGAAAUCACGCCUGAAGGCAAGGUGGUGAGGUGGAAAUACAUGGAGCGCUUCCCAUUCAGGUACUACUUGGUAGUUCGCGACGUGAGGGAAUUACCGGGUGUGCUGGCAGGUGCGCUGAGGCAGUGGUUCGGCGAGGUCGCAGGUAGCGCUUCGUAA